AUGGCCCUUAAGUUGUGGGAGCGCUUUUCCCAGGCGGAUAAUGUGUUCCAGGCACUUCGACCCCUAACAUAUAUUUCCCUUUUGGGCCUGGCUCCAUUUCGAUUAAAUCUAAAUCCUCGGAAAGAGGUGCAAACAUCGACGUACUCUUUUGUCGCAGGCAUAGUCCACUUCCUGUUCUUCGUCCUGUGUUUCGGAAUCUCUGUGAAGGAGGGCGAUUCCAUAAUUGGUUACUUCUUUCAAACGAACAUCACCAGAUUCAGCGAUGGAACCCUUCGGUUAACUGGCAUUCUGGCCAUGUCCACCAUUUUUGGUUUCGCCAUGUUCAAAAGGCAAAGAUUGGUCGACAUAAUCCAAAAUAACAUCGUGGUUGACGAGAUAUUCGUGAGGCUGGGCAUGAAGUUGGACUACCGAAGGAUACUUUUGUCCAGUUUCCUUAUAUCCUUGGGCAUGCUGCUGUUCAACGUCAUCUACUUGUGUGUGAGCUAUAGCCUAUUGGUCAGUGCCACAAUCUCGCCCUCGUUUGUGACCUUCACAGCCUUCGCCCUGCCGCACAUCAAUAUCAGCCUGAUGGUCUUCAAGUUUCUUUGCACCACGGACUUGGCCAGGAGUCGGUUUAGCAUGCUAAACGAAAUCCUCCAGGACAUCCUAGAUGCCCAUAUCGAGCAACAUAGCGCCUUGGAACUCUCGCCCAUGCACUCGGUGGUAAACCACAGACGGUACUCACAUCGCCUACGAAAUUUAAUCAGCACCCCCAUGAAGCGGUACAGUGUUACCUCUGUAAUACGCCUGAAUCCAGAGUACGCCAUCAAACAGGUGUCCAACAUUCACAAUCUACUCUGCGAUAUUUGCCAGACAAUCGAGGAGUACUUCACAUAUCCGCUUCUUGGCAUUAUUGCCAUAUCUUUUCUGUUCAUUCUGUUCGACGACUUUUACAUUUUGGAAGCUAUGCUGAAUCCAAAACGCUUGGAUCGUUUUGAGGCCGAUGAAUUUUUUGCCUUUUUCCUCAUGCAACUUAUAUGGUAUAUAGUGAUCAUCGUACUAAUCGUGGAGGCCAGUAGCCGCACUAUUAUGCACAGCAAUUAUACAGCCGCAAUAGUGCACAAGAUCCUGAACAUCACCGAUGAUCCGGAGCUAAGAGAUCGUCUUUUCCGACUCUCCUUGCAGCUGUCGCAUAGGAAGGUUCUUUUCACAGCCGCAGGACUUUUUCGUCUGGAUCGCACGCUUAUUUUCACCAUUACUGGCGCUGCUACUUGCUACCUCAUUAUACUCAUCCAGUUUCGUUUUACGCAUCACAUGGAUGAGACCGGCUCUAAUUCAACAAUCCACUCUCACUCUCACCUUGGCGAUUAA